GGGUCGGAAAGAACAAGAAGAACAGCCAGAGGCAACAGCACCAAGAGACGAGAAGAAAUCAAACGCACAUGGGAGACUCAUGUUGGCCGCGUGAUGUGCUGCGUCGUCUGCAGAUUCGGGGUUGAGGCGCGAAACGAGGUGGAUCGGCGCGCGCUACACGCCAACGGACAGGCAGCUUCAGAGCUCGGCAAACGCAGGCAGCUCCCAACAGGCUCGUUGAAGGGCCGCGGAAGAGAGAGUGACGGAUGGACGGGAGCGCGCAGCAGCUCUGCGGCCUCAGAGCAUAGCCUGCGAUGGAGCGCGCGAGAGGAUCUGGGUCGUCGGAAGCCGGGCUGGCGCUCAGAUGGUGUCUCUGUCUCUGUCUUGCUGUCUCUGUGUCUCGUCUUUUUUAUGCGGAUAUUCGUCACCGAUCGGACUCGUCGAGGAUGGCAGGACGCAGAUCAAGCAGGAGAGAGAAGUCAAAAGCUGGACGGGGCUUGCGUCGGGUCGAGGCGCGAGGCUGGUGCCGGGUCGAUGGGGGAGAAGCAAGUUUUUGUCUGGCCGUUUCUGAAGCUUCUCAGUUGGCGGUUUUCGGGUCGGUACGUUGCGGUGACGUUCCCCGUGCGACGACGGAUAAAGGUGGAUCACGAGGCUCGCUGCUGGCGAUUUUAGCGGCAGUUCAGCCCUCUGGAACAGACAGGGAGGGCG